GGCACUACUAAAUAGAUUGGGCUAGGGCACUUUCGAGACUUUGUUUAGGAUCCGUAGCCUAGUUCGACAAUCGGACUUUAGCUGUAUCAUUGACGAUACCUCCGUGCGGGGUGGUCAGUGACAUUUAGAGAUAUAUAUCAUAUCACUACAGCACCAGUAUGCUGCUAGUAUCGCGAGCUUCCAUCGGCUUCUUUGCAGCACUCUCGCCAAUCUUACAAAUUUCUUUCUAGUCUGACGUUAAUAUUCAUCACAAUGGCAGCUGAAAAGGAAAUCCUUCUCAUUACUGGCGGUAACACCGGCAUUGGUCUCGAGGCCGUGCGUGCUUUGAGCGGCAGCUCAACAGCUUACGAAAUAAUCAUUGGUUGUCGCACGCUGUCCAAGGGAGAGGAUGCGAUCUCUACCAUCAGGGCCGAAUACCCCUCCACAACCUCAACUUUCAGCACAGUGCAAGUCGAUCUGUCGUCCGACUCUUCGCUCGAGAAAGCCGUCGAGACACUCACUUCCAAAUUUGGCCGCCUGGACGUCCUGAUCAACAAUGGCGGCGCCAGCUUCGACCAGGAUAUCGCUUCAGGGGCUCUGAGCAUCAGGGAAGCUUUCAACAAGAGCUGGGACGUCAACGUGACGGGAACGCACGUCCUGACCACCCUCACGGCGCCGUUGUUGCUCAAAGGAAAGAACCCGAGGCUGCUGUUCAUCACAAGCGGGACCGCGACGCUGGCUGAGACGGAGCGAACAGACAAUGACAUCUACAAGCGACUGAACGGUUCCCCGCCUGCCGGAUGGCCCAAACCCGUAGGCGCUAGGCCGAGCUACAUGUCCUACCGCAGCGCGAAGACGGGCCUCAACAUGCUCAUGCGCGAAUGGCAAAGAACGUUACGCAACGACGGCGUCAAGGUAUGGGCGAUCAGUCCCGGCUUCCUGGCCACGGGCUUAGGCGGCGCGGGUGCGGAGAAGCUCAAGCAGAUGGGUGCCGGCGACCCCGCGAUUGGCGGGCAGUUCAUCAAAGACGUGGUUGAAGGCAAGCGGGAUGAUGAUGUGGGUAAGGCUAUUCGGAGGGACAUGAUCCAGCCUUGGUAAAUAGUGUUGUUAUGUGUGCUACAAAACAUUCGCUUAUCAUAAGAAUUCGACUUGGUCUUUAGUCAAUAUCAAAUUAGACGAUAAACAGAUGGCAGACACAAUACUUAUGCGAGUUUUGGUUCAA